AUGUUAGGAUUUGACAUUUCAAGACUUCCACAAACCGAAGAUGAAAUCGACUUUUCUGAUAUCGAAUCUAAAUAUCAAGUUCCUUAUGAAGAAGGUUUUGAUACAAUUAUAGUAGUGGAUAAUGUUCCUAUAGUUGAUGAAAGCAAACAAGAAAAAUUAUUAAAAUUUAUAAGGAAAAUUUUUAAAAAUGCUGGAGAUAUUAAAGAAAAUGGAAUUAAUAUGCCAAUGGACACGGAUCCAGAUACUGGAAAAUCGACUUCUAAAGGAUAUCUCUUCAUUGAAUUUGAAACACCCGAACAAGCAAGUUUGGCUAUAAAAAAUUAUGAUAAUUAUUCAAUGGAUAAAACACAUUGUCUUGCUGUAAAUAGAUUUACAGAUGUUGAAAAAUAUUCACAAAUUGAAGAAGAAUACAAAGAACCUGAAGAAGAAAAAUUUGUUGAAAAAGAACAUUUAAGAAGCUGGCUUACUGAUUCGCAAGCACGUGAUCAAUUCGUGCUUUACCGUGGAGAUGAUGUGAGCAUUUUAUGGAAUAAGAAGGCUGAACCUCCAGAAGAAGAGCAUAAACGUGUCAAUUGGACUGAAACAUAUGUUCAAUGGUCACCAUUGGGAACUUACUUAGCUACAUUUCAUCGUCAGGGGAUUGCUUUAUGGGGAGGGCCUAGCUGGAACAAGAUCAUUAGGUUCGUUCAUCCGGGCGUCAAACUUAUAGAUUUUUCGCCCAAUGAACGCUUUCUCGUUACAUGGAGUAAUGAGUCUAUCUCUCUUGGGCCAAAUGGUGGCAUAGGUACUCCAUUUGGACCCGAAGAUGAAGGACAUCAAAUUAUUAUAUGGGAUGUUUUAACUGGAAACCUUUUGCGUUCAUUUCCUUCUUCAACGUCGACUGAUGGUGCUCCUAAUAAAAUCACAUGGCCAAUGUUUAAAUGGUCUCCAUCAGAUAAAUAUUUUGCCAGGGUUACGCCAAAGCAACAGAUUUCUGUAUACGAAACACCCUCAAUGGGAUUGGUUGGAAAGAAAAGUUAUAAAGUUGAAGGAGUAGAAGAUUUUGAAUGGGCUCCCGCGUUUGAUAAAGAAAGAGAAAAACAGAACGCAGGUGACAAAAAGAAUAGAGAGGAAAUGCUAAGUUACUGGACACCUGAAAUUGGCAAUCAACCUGCUCGUGUCACGCUACUAAAUAUUCCAUCCAAAGAGAUUGUACGAACAAGAAAUUUGGUUAAUGUUAAAGACUGUAAGAUGCAUUGGCAAUCAAAUGGAGAUUUCUUGUGUGUUAAAAUUGAUCGACACACAAAGACCAAAAAAUCCACUUUCGCAAACCUUGAAAUAUUUAGGGUCCGUGAGAAAGAUAUUCCUGUUGAAGUCAUUGAGGUUAAGGACACUGUGAUUGCUUUUGCAUGGGAACCUAAGGGUGAACGUUUCGCAAUAAUUACAACAAAUGACCCUAAUUAUGGACAGUCAACACAAGGCGUGAGAACUAAUGUCUCAUUUUAUUAUCUUGAGAAACCUAAACCUGGUAAAGGUGGAGACAAAGUUGGCACGGCUAACUUCAAACUAAUUAAAACAUUGGAAAAGAAAACUUCUAAUGCCAUUUAUUGGUCACCGCGUGGUCGACAUAAGGAAGGAUCAAAAAAUGACCCAGCUGCCUCUAUACAGCUAAUGUCUACUCAGGAGCACUACGGUGUUACUGAUAUUGAAUGGGACCCUACUGGACGUUAUGUGAUCACUAGUGCUAGUUUUUGGAGACAUUCAAUGGAAAAUGGAUAUUCUUUAUGGGAUUUUAAAGGAGCACUUUUGCAAAAACAAUUGCUAGAUAAAUUUAAGCAAUUGUUAUGGAGACCUCGUCCAAAGAGUCUAUUAUCAAGUGACGCUAAAAAGAAAAUCAAAAAGAACAUAAGAGAUUACUCUAAAGCUUUUGAAGAAGAAGACGCCCUUGCACAAACUUCGGUAUCUAAAGAAUUGUUGGCACAUCGUCGUCGCCUUGUUGAUGAGUGGAAUGCUUGGCGUAAACGCGUUGAAAAGGAAUUAGCAGAAGAAAAAGAAAGAGCAGGUGUGCAAAUUAUCCCUAGAAGAGAUGAUGAUGAGAAUGUUGAAAUUAUUGAAGAAUGGAUUGAAGAAGUUGUAGAAGAAACCGAAGAAAUUGUUGAGGAUUAG